AUGGCAUUGAAUGCUCCACUUCUAAUUAUGGAUGCUGCUGACAGCUCGUUGGAUCAAAAAACGAAAAAGGUACAGUUCGACAAUGCCUUAUUUGCGAAGCUAGAGCCACCGGUUUUCAUUUUGGAGGGCAAGCUUGCUCAGCAUGUGCCGCAUUUUUUAGCUGUCCGAUCAAAAGACCCAAAAGCGGGGCGCUCUUUUGCAACGAAGUCUGGGAUUGAACGAAACAAGAGCUUCGGUAGGAUGGAGCCGUAUUCGGAAACAGAAGAGCAAGAUGAUGUGGACCAAUAUGUUCCAUUAAAUGAGAGGGCUGGUCCAAUUUCUGUAAAAGAAGAAAAGCCUCCAACGCCGUUGUAUAUGGAACCCCAGCGAGCUGGAUGUAUCGCGUAUACUGGGAGCCCGAAAAAUCCUUAUGAUGUAUCGGCACCUUCGAGUGUGAAGAGUCUAUUCAUCGCUACGCCAUCAGAUGCCUGCGUAUUGAAUAGUGGCCCAGCUACACCGUUACCGGCACCGUUACCAAAAACGAAUACCACGUCUAUAAAAGAUCCGCUACAACUCUUAAUCCAAGAAGAAAUGAGGCUUGGCGAACGGAGAAGAAUUAUUUUCUGCGACCGACCUGUCGAUAAUCUUUUAGGGCAGAACCAGCAUUCGCCAUAUACGAAAGAAGAAAUCCGUCCUUUGGUCUUCCAAGAAUUCAGAAGAUCCAUGAGGACACAUAUUCUUUUCAUGUAUGAAUGGUUACAAGCUUGGCCAGAUUAUGCAACGUUGAGCAAUAAGGACAAGGUGUCAUUUCUUCGAAAAUGCGUUUUGCUGCAUACCAUCCUCGAUCCAGUGUACAUUUCGCUACAAUGCGGGUGGCCCGAUAAAUUUGUAAUGCAAAACGGAGGUUAUGUGUCUUGUAAAGAAGAUUGUGAUGACGGAUGGCGAGAUGAAAAAGAGAUUUCGAGCCAUACCAAGAAAAUGAUCUACAAGCCAUUGCUUGAACGGAUUAUGCAAGAUAUAAUGAAACCCCUCCUGCAGUUUGGUAUCACUUUUGAGGAAUUUGUAGCGCUAAAAGGGCUUGUCUCGUUCCAAGGAGCGAUCGAAAAUGUCUCGGCAGAGGGGCGACCAGUGCUGAAGUGUCAAUUGGAUGGGAUCAUCUCCUCAUUGCACAAGUUUUAUCUCGAACGUGGGGAGCCGCCUGCUGAGAGACUUGGAUCAAUUAUUUUAUUGUUGUCUUCGAUUUUAACAGCCGGUUUGGACUGGGUCGAAUCACAUCGGACCAUUGAAUUUUUUGAUCUCUGGGAUUUGGACAGUCUGUUAAGACAACUCCUGAAUCUCGAUGCGAUAUUUCAGAAAAGUUUAGACCAA